AUGUUGCAAUUGACGAGCAGUACUGGAACCAAUGAUGGACACGAGCCUUGCUGGAUUUGUGGAAGGAUGACAAGGAUUUUCUGUUAUAAAAUAUUUGUGUGCUCGGCCUGCACCAUGUUUUAUCGAAGGUAAAUUCGAACAUUUUGUGAGAGUUUGAGGCUCAAAGUUUGAAGCCAUGGAGUAAAGAGUAAACUUUUGGCACGAUAUAAAAAAGUUUUUUGAUAUUUCGUUUCCCAAGCCGUAAAAUGUGAGAUUCAAAAGUAGCUGUGCUGCCCCUGAAAAUAUUUAAAUCCUAUUUUUUCAGAAAUUUCCGGGCAUUUCCUCGCAUAAGAUGUCGCUUCAUCGAUGAAAGAUGCAAUCUCAAAUCAGGUAAGCCAUGUAUUUCUCAGUCCUACGAUGACGUUUUUUCAUUUUCGCCGAUAAUUUUCGAUUAUCCUCAUUUUUCAGGACCUCGCCGUUUCUGCAUGAAAUGUCGCCUCCGGGCAUGUCGCAUGGCCGGUCUUCGAAUGUGGGGAAAGAACCUUGUAGUUCAAGUGAAUGGACAGCCAGAAGAAGAUACUCCCGAGGAACGCAUGAAUAACCUGAGCGGACUGUUAUUCUCGGGAUCAGAUGAGUGUAAUAUGAGUGAAGAGAGGUGCAGGGAGUAUGGGAAUGCUUUUGAUAUUGCUUACGAACCUUCAACCAGCAGUGGAUACGAGAGUUGGGGUGAGGCUGAAGUUGUGGGUGAAAGAGACGGGGACUUGAAGUUCUUGGAAGAGUCCCCGAUCAAUCUGCCUCAUCUGAGGUAAGUUCUAAUCCUAUUAUUCAAUAUUUUAGUAUUUUUUGCAGGAAAAUAGCCACGUAAAAAGCAUAAACUUGGGGCUUUUUGGAAUUUUAGUGUCCGCGUUUUCCCAUUUGUCAUCGUCUCUGGCUAAAAAUUUUUGUUGAAUAUUCGGCAGUCUCGGCAAGUCUUGAGUCGAAAUUUUCAGAAAAUAAUCCAAGGACUAGAAAUGAUACAACUGAAAAAUUUAAAGAAAAAUGUCUAUCAAGAUCAACUAUUUAAAUUUCAGUGAUUUUAAGAUGUCGUUUCAGAGACAUAACCACGCUGUUCCGCCGUUUCGAUGAGCAACAAAAGUUCCUCUCAUCGCUCCAACAAAAGUCCGAGCUCCAUGACUUCACGUCUUCCAUGUUAAUUUACAUGGAUUACGUUCAAUUUACGGAACUUGAGCCCAAAAUUUUGAGGUGUGCAGUUCAACUUGUAACGAAUUUUUUGUUAAAAUUACAAGUAAAAGACGAAUUGAUCCUCAAGAGAGUCAAGGGCUUGGCCAAUCACAUCUCCUGGUAUCACAAAAUCCUUCAGUCCAUCCGCCAAUUCCCUCAGGGCAUCGAUUUUGUCUCGCCGUAUACCGGAUAUUACUGUAAUUUAGUGGAUUUGGAGUGCCAUUUUGCGGAUAUUGAUGAUGACGUGAGUUGUAAAUUAAAUAAAAGCAGUAAUAUUUAAUUUAAAUUGUAGUCGAAGCUCCGGGAAGUUGUAAAAACAGUCGCUCCAUUCUUCAAACAAUUCCACAGUAUCCUCAACGAAGGGAGGGAAUUGAAAAUUCAUCCAGUAGAGGUCGCAUUUCUUGUUGGAAAAGUUAUUUUAGAAACUGGUAAGGUAAAAAAUUUCUGAUAAAUACACACACAUUUCAGUGGGAAAUGUAAAUUUCAUGGUAUCGUCGUAUCACCACCAUCUUCACAAUGAAUUUUCGGGGUAUAAUAAAGCCUCAGGACAUAAUUUGGGAAGGUUGCAAAAGAUUUUGGGAUUUGGAGAGAAGUUAAAGGUAAAAUACCUUUUUUAA